GGUAUAAAAUAAGCGUUUUUAUUGUAAUGUUUCAACGUAAAUAUAGAUAAACAGCAUUCAGCGAUUAAAUAUAAGUAUAGCUGGCCGUGUAGUGUCAUUCAUGAAUUGCAGUUCUGGUUAAUAAAAAUUUGUAAAAAGUUAACAAUGCGCUUGUAUUUUGCAAAAUUCUAGACAUCUGCACAAUACGAUUUGGUAUCAGCAGCUCGAGUUGCUGCCAACGGGUUGGCGUGUAGAGGGAGUUAUUUGAAACAGAACCACUGCAUCUCCCCAAUAGUGUCGGCAGCUCUUAGCUGCCUUUUGUUGUGUGUAUAACUUGACUGGUCAAAUGUUUCCCUAAACUGAAAAAACCCAAGAAAAACAUCUGGAAAUUAUUAUGGUCGAUGCAGAUUGCAGACCAGAAAACGUGCAACUGCAGUGUAGUAGGUACAGACAGCAUGGCGAGAGGUGACCGAAAUUUGAAAAAAAAUCCGCGGCUAAGCGUACGGCGUAAAAUUGAGUGUAGAAAUCAUCUAUUGCGUAAUUUCUGCAAUCACCUCAAAGAGUUGACUACUAGACGAGUUAGUUCUACGAGGCAGAUAGUGACUCCAGAUCAGCGUCUUUUAUUAAAAAAUAACAUCCGAAGAUUUCGAUCAGCCAUUCAAAGCGCUGUGAAAUAUCGCUGUUCUGAAAGUGGUAGUCAUGAAGAAAAGGUAGCCAGUCUGCGCACCGAUAUUCUUAAUUCAAUAUACCACAUAUUUGGCGAUCAUUCUAAAUGUGCUACAUAUUUUUGUAAAGACAAAGACAGUGCAAAUAAUUACAUUCCGGACAUGACACGCACGGGUUUAUUGCAAGACAUUAGAAUAGUCCUAAACAGAAUUGUUCAACAUGCAGAUAGUUUGUUGCUAGAUAUGGACAAUAACUCUGCAGAGUGUUACAAUUCUGUAGUUGCUAAAUUUAUAGGCGGAAAAAGAAUUAACUUGGCGGGUCGUGAUUCUUUUCAAUUAAGGUGUCAAGCGGCAGGAAUCAGUUUCAAUACAGGACAUUACAAAUAUCCCCAUUUGAUCUACAAAUCCAUAACGAAGCGAAGUCCUGGUAAAUUCGUAAAAUCUUACAUGGCUCAAAAGAAGAGAAUUCAUGAAAACAAACUCACAAGAAGACAACUUUUUCCCGAAAAAUAUAAAAAGAAAAUCAAACUUCCCGCAGAAACUGAUGCUGAUUAUGGACCUGACGCUGCCGCCAUUUCGAAUAUAUUGCCAGACAGCUAUGAGAUUGAAAAAAAGGCCUUUCUUGAUGCUCUUCAAAAAACACCACUGGAAAUAAAUGAGUUGCAACAGAAGACUAUUGGUCAAAGUAACAAUCGAACUUGGGUGGAAGAAAGAUAUAAGCGAUUAACAGCAUCUGUUUUUGGAAAAAUUUGUAAAAUGAGGCAUUCAACUUCAUGCCAAGCGACCGUGAAAAGUCUGUUGUAUAGUACCUUUUCGGGAUCUACCGCUACAGACUGGGGCAAAACACAUGAGCCUAUGGCCGUAGAAGCGUUUCAAAUUGCGAACGAUGUAACUGUUGAACCUUGCGGGUUGUUUAUAGACGCUAAUUUUGGAUUUUUGGCCGCAUCUCCAGAUGGAUUAAUAGGCAAUAACGCCAUCAUAGAGAUUAAAUGCCCCUACUCUGCGGCUCAGAUGACACCAAUAGAUGCAAUUUUACAAAAAAAGCUUGCAUAUUGCACUUCAAAUAAUGGGAAAAUACAACUAAAAAAAUCUUCCGAUUACUAUUUUCAGAUUCAGGGCCAAUUGCAUAUUACGAGGCGUGACAUUUGCCAUUUUGUAAUAUGGACACCUCUCGGUAUAGAAGUUGAAAGGGUAAAUAUUAUGCUACGAUCAUAUAUAGAACCUAGUGGCUAUCAGUAUAAUCAAAACAAAAAAAUAUGUUUACCUUUCAUUUACAGAUUUCCAGAGACGACGUAUUUUGGUCACAAAAAAUGGAAUACCGUCUUGAACAAUUUUACUACAAUUGUUUAUUGCCUGAGCUACUCUAUCCUCAACAUCCCAAAAAUCUGCCAAUUCGUGAUUUGAGGAAAAGAGAACCCCAGAAGACGACAUAGAUUUUCUAAUUAAAUAAUUGACCACACUCAGUUUUUUUUUUUUUACAAAAAGACUCAUAAAUUUGCAUUGGUAAUAUGUUAUAAUUUGUUCAUAUACUAAGUGUACUAGUUUAGCUCCAAUUUUUAUAUAUUUUUAUUUUUAUUUUUAACCAGCCACUUUAAAAUUAAUUGUUCCAAUUUUUAUAUUUCCUGUUGGAAAUAAACUACUUUUUUUUACUAAUAAAACCUGGACGGGGUCACAGUGACCUUCCUACUCCUCACUGCAACCGCACCAGUACAAUAAAAAAAAAGAAAGAUUUUUCCUACAGUUACCGGUCGGUAAGUAGCUGUAGGUUCCGCAAUCGUGUGAUUUUUUUUCUCAAAAAAAUUAACAGCAAUUUGACAUUUUUUUUUAAUUUGUGGCAAUGUCAAAGGGCCUUUUUAAAUUUAUUAAUAAUUUACGAAUUUUAAUUUUAUUUUAAACAUAAAAAAUUCUUCAAUAAAAAAUGUAAUGGGGUUCACUUUUAUGAAAAUUACAAGAACUGAAAACUUAGCUUUUCUAAAUAUGACUGACAACAAUAACAUUUACAGUACAAAGGUACUAAAAUAAAAAUCAAAUUGUAAUGCUAUUGCACAAAUUGCGAAGCGCCGAAAGCUACUAAAUCUGCUACUGUACGAUGCUGAAAUAUAUUGUUUCUUAAAUGACCUGUUUAGAUCUCCUAUUUAAAUUCUCAGGAAUUUCGGAAACUACUUUGCACACGGUUUGUACGGCAAACCAACGUUUGUUAGAAUAAGGAGACGGGUUCUAUAAGGUUCAGUAUUCCGUACUGAUUUGCUCGCAAACUGGCCGCCUUUGCACAUGUGAUUUCCUGUGUCGGCAGCGGUGACCUACCACAAAGAAUUACCCGAACAAUUAAAAAUUUGGCAAUGAGUACUAAGAUAAUAAAAUGUUGCAAUUUUUUAUUUUAAAUAUACAUUUCUAAAGGCUUUGGGGCCCCUCCAGCUUUGAUGCCCUAGGCCAGUGCCUAGUGUGCCUUAUUAUAAAUCCAAAGGUGUAUAAAAUUAUUACUUGAAUUGAUGAGUUGACUGACAGAUACCACAUAUCACAUCACUAAUUUCCUACACAACCGUACGUACUGAAAUUUUGUGACUACAUAGAUACUCGAACAAGAAAACAAGUACUUGUCUAAUAAGUUACGGCAAAAACCUCAUCUUCUUUGGAAAUGUGACCUAAAACGGGGUGCUAAAAUUGUCACUUCACUUUGAUUUAUGAGCAGUUCAGUCCAGUUCGUUUCUCACUAUUGAUGUUAGCAUCGUUCUUUGUAAAUUUAAUAUGGGUGCCUGUAAUAGUGCGAAAAGAACAGAGGUAUUGAUAUAUUCGAGAGGACAAGAAACAGUAAACAUAAACUCCGCCCUCUGGUUGACGUGUUUUUUCUUUGGGACAGCGGAAUUAGAAAACGUUGUAAGAGUCAGUACCCCCUUAAGCCAUAAGUCCACAAAAUCUUUAUGACCAUUCUGAAGGAGCUUAUACGCUUCUUUUCAAUUACAAACAUUGAUAGUGAUGUACUUGUUCAAAGAUAAGAUUACAUAUUUAUUUUAAGGUCACGACUUAACCAUAACCACAAGAAUUAUCGAUAUUUCUUAUUUAUUUCGUCCUAAACCGAAAUAACAACUUUUAUCAUUGACAAAGUUUAUCGCAGUUGUCUUCUCUUUUUGUUUCAGAAUGACUCUGCGGUAACGACUGCCCAUGGUACA